UGCUUUUUCUACUUUUUGCUCUAUGUGAUGUCACUGAGAGGAUACAGAAGCUCCGCCCAGCUGGCGUGCAAAUCUUCUGUUUACAUGGAUCAACUGAUCAUAACAAAUUUGUCUUAAAGGGGGAGGAUCUAAAGCAGCUUGUUUCAGAAAGAGGAGGAACUGAUGGGGUCUACAAAAAGCUCAGCAUAAGAUAAUAUGGAUAAUUUUUAACACUCAAUCAUGCAAAAUGACACUGUUAGGGCACAAUAAUAAAAAUAAGGAGCUGUAAAUUAGUUAGUUAUUCACAGGAACUGUUCACCUUUAAAGCAUUAAUUGGUAAACUUUAUAUCUUUACAUGUGCUAAUGUGUCACUAAUAUUUACAGUUUAUUUGAAACCUUGGUAGUCUGAGGCAGUGUGUUGUGGCCAGAGUCAAGGAGGAAGCAGAGGAGGAGGAGGAUCUCCUCUUUUCACCCCCUCUGGACUCUGGUCAGGACCUCAGAGUUGAGAGGGCUCAGGCAGGAAAAGGGCGAAAAAGAAAAAGAUGAAGAAGCUGGUGGUGUUUUUGCUUUGCGUGGUCCUGCUGACCAUUUACACAGAUGCAAACCCCAUAAUCAAGGAGAGCGUAGCUAAGCAGCUGCUCCGUACCAAGAGGCAGGACCGGCCAAUGAAGGCUGGCUACCCCGAUGAGCCAAUGAGGGAUAAAAGCCGAACAUUGCAACACAGUGAGCAUCUGCUCCACAUGCAGGCUCUGGAUCUGAGGGCCCGGGAGACCAACUUGGAGCACUGGCUGAACCCUCACUGCUACCCACGCUGCGACAGAAACUAUGGAAACCCGGUUUAAAAGUAAAAGGCCUGCUGUGACUGACUGACCGUGGACUGAAGCUGGAGUCUCUUUUCUCAUUAUUUUUCAAUCUAAUGACCAAAAUAUGCAUGUGUUGUAUUAUUUCUAGAGUGAAUUCUUUGUAAUUUGCUCCUUUACGCCUUUAUUUCUGUAGCUGCACAGACUGAAAUUUGUUAAUGAAUAGAAUAAAAUAAAAUAAAAUAAAUCAUAAGCUCCAA